AUGCUGUCAAACCAAACUUUGGAAAUGCAAGUGGAGGAAACUCCAUACGCCCUUCGUCGUCUGUGGAAUUUGACCCGAGCCCGUCUAGCUGGUACUUCUACCACCCUUGAUGAGCCAGCGUUGGUUGAAACCUUACCCCCAGCUCAGGACCCGGAAGUAACCCCAAAACAUCCGGUACCAAGUGAUUAUGAGAGCGAUGGCGAGGAGGCUUUCCCCGAAUUGGAAGUACAAGACCAACAUGAAGUACCUACGAAAAGCUACUGGACUGGAAGCGUCUAUGAUAAAGAAGCAAUCCUGGAUGCGGGAAGUCUUGGUGAUAUCCCAGCUGUGUACCGCGUCCCCAAACCAGCAGAGCACCAGAUGCCAGUCAUUGGAGUAUACAUUGACCCCAGAGUUAGAACGGGCUUCAGAUACAAAAUUAGACCAAUGCAGGCUUUGGAUGCUCCACCGCUAUCCGUGAAACCGAGGUACUUGUUUGACGGCAAGGCUUUGACUCUUCAAUCUAUUGGACGUGGGUUUGCUCGCCGGCUGACAUUCGAGCCUCUUGACUCUACACUUAAUGACAACAGCAACUACUUUUGGACCGAUUCACGCCCUGAAGGAUUCGUGUUUGAGAUCGAAGCUGUUUCUGUGGGAGACAAAUUCACAAUUUACGACGCGAACCACGAACCGCAGGGAAUUCUAGAAGUCGUCCAGCAACAGAAAAAUCAACUAGAGCUCGAUCAGAAGAUUUAUGACGACGGUUCCAUCGAGAAGAAAGUUAAAAUCAAUACCUUAUGCAAAGUGGAAUGGUAUGAGAAUGAUGGCGCCACAAAAUUGGUUCCAGUUACUGGAACUGCUAUAUUGAAGAAAGGUCGAGGAAAUGCUGUUGUAGUAAGGGUUGUUAACGUAGCCAUUGGUAUCAAACAACUGAAGAAGGGAUACGAACUUAAACCCGGCAUCAAAUCCUCCUCCAGAAGAAUAACUGUAAAUGGAUCAGAUAUCAAUGACAUUCCCUGUCAAUACAGCGUAGUUGGGCUUGAGAGAUAUGAACUUCCUGUUAUUGGAACGUACAUUGACCCUCGCAUAAUUCCUGGAUUCCACUACCGAGUGCGUCCAGCAAACACCCGUCGCCAUCUAUUCGAAGGUCGCAGUCUGCUGCUACAAUCUAUCGGUUUGGGCUAUGGAAAACGCAUCACAUUCAAGCCAGAUUCCCUCAACGCUCCUGACAAUUACUUCUGGUCAGACUCCCACCCAGAAGGCCUCGGAAUGGAGCCGCGGGCUAUUCAUCCCAACAUGAAAUUCGCUAUUACAGGAAAUGGGGGUCUUUUGCUAGGAGAGGCGGUCGUGUUCCGGGCUGAUCUCCCGCAAGUAGAGGAGAAGACUGAAUAUGUGGAUGUGCCGGGACAAAGGACCAAGGCGGUGGAGAAGUACAUCCAGGUCCAUGUCACAUGCCACGUCAAAUUAGCUACAACGGGAGGUGGUUCCGCUGACUCGGAGGUUCACCUGAUGAAGGUGUCUGGAGUAGCUCUCGUCCGAAAGGAUCCUGGACAAGCUGUGGCCAAGCUCGUUAAAUUAUACAACGUGGGUCUCGACUCUCAAUUGAACCUGCUCUUCGCGCACUCACAGACUGAACUGACAUUCCACCCCCUGCCCUAA